AUGGCCUCCGUGGACAACGAAAUCAAAAACAGGCUUGCGCUGGUGACGGGUGCUUCUGGUGGAAUUGGAGGGGCUUGUGCCAGGGAGCUUUUCGCUAAUGGUGCUCAUCUGGCCUUGACAUGUUCCUCUGAGCGAACUUACGGCAAGAUCUCGGAACUCGCCGAAGAGUUAAGAAAAGGCUCGAACGCCGAUCUCAAACUUUCUUGCCAUGUUGUGGACAUGUCAUCUGCCAAAGGCAUCGAUGAACUGUUCGCGCAAAUCAAAGCUGAGCACGGUCAACACCCCGACAUCCUUGUCUCCAACGCUGGUACAGCCGGCUUCAAUAACAAAGCCAACCCCUACCUCGAAAACAUUUCCCUUGAAGAGUUUGAUUUUACCAUAUCCAUAAACCUCCGCGCCUCCUUUCUGCUUUGCAAACUAGCUAUACCUCAUAUGGCCGCCCAGCACUGGGGCCGCAUCGUCUUUGUGUCUUCCAUCUCCGCCAUUGGUGGCGGCAUUAACGGAUGUCACUAUGCUGCUAGCAAGGCUGGCUUAACGGGAUUGAUGAAGAACCUAGCUUCAAAACACGCCAAAGAUGGGGUUACACUUAACGAUAUUGCGCCGGCCAUGAUUGGCGAGACGGGUAUGAUCCCUGACGAGAAACGUGUCGAGGGUACACCCGGAGAUGUGAAGAAUAUCCCCGUGGGUAGACUGGGCACACCUAAGGAAUGCGCAAAUGUCGUCAGCAUGCUGUGCAAAACAGGAUACUUGACAGGCCAGAGCAUACUACUGAGUGGUGGUUUGAAGUAA